AGAAAGACGGAACGCGAAUGACUGAAUAAGAGGAAGAACAGGAGUACGCGAGUGGGGACGAAAAGAGAAGAGAGAGAGAGAGAGAAAGAGAAAGAGAGACGAAGAAAAGGGGACAGGUUGCUCGCAAUCAGUUGGUGUUGGACUGUGUUGGACUGCGCGGUCUCAGUGACAGCUCCGAUCGCUCCGAUGACUCAAGUCGGAAUUUUCUACAUCGGGACUGUUCGCCAACCGCGGCGAUCUUCGUACACCUUUGGCAUUUAGAAUUGGCAAGCGAACGCGAGACGAAGUGGCUUUAAAACAAACGGAUUUUCUUUUUCUUUUUUUUUUUGUUUAAUACAAGAAAAUUCUCUGUGGAAUGUCACGUGUCGCGCGUGUGUUGUAAUACGAGAAGUGUAUCAAUGUGUAUGACGUUGUGUAUUUGUGUAUGAUACCGUUGAUAAUAAUCGCCACUAUCGCUCGAUAGAGGAAAAUGCGAAAAUAGGCGGCACGCGAGGAACCAGUAAAUGUUCGUAACGACCCACCAUAUUGCGAUUGUGUGACGUUGGGAAACGUUGGACGCUAAACUGUUGAAAGCGCGUGCUCCGAACAAUCUCCGAUAAGAGGAAUAAGCGACAUUCUACAAGUCAUGUGACGGGCUAACGACGUUAAGCUAAGAAUCAGACUAAAUUCACUUAAAAAGAUGAUCGUUCGCAAAGCGAUAUUUGUGAUAUUGGCUGUUGUUUUGGGCAGCGUUUCCGCUUUUCAUUGCCCAUCAAAUCAGGAAUGCCGCUGCGCAUAUGAUCGCAAUGGAGGAAUCGAGAUAAGUUGUCUGGUAAAGAAUGACGGCAAGUUUAUCGUGAAUAUUCAACCAAGACAAUAUAUACAAAUCCAAUGUGAUAACUCACCAGAAUGGUCAGAUUUCAAUAUGGAUGUGUCAUCCUACACGCCGGAGAAUAUCGAAAGGAUAUCCUUCCAAAUGUGUGAUUUACCGAUGAACAAUAGUUUGGGCGAAAUUACAAAAAGGCUAGGUGUUACCGGCAUAGAAAUACUAAGCUUUCAAUCGUACAAAAAUUUGAGCUCUGCCCUGGUCAAGCAUCAUUUAGCUGACUUCGAAAAUUUGAAGUCUCUGACCUUAUCGAGUAAUAAUGUAUCCUUCGUGGACAAAGAUCUGUUAGCCGAUUUAAUCAACUUAAGGGUACUCAAUUUGCGCGACAACAACUUACACCUAGUUAAGGGAUUUUUCAACCAUACCCCUAGAUUGGAGUCGCUCGAAUUGGGUGACAAUGCUCUACAAUCAAUAGAACCGGGCACGUUUGACAAUCUGAAAAAUCUGACGUAUCUCAAUUUAUGGAAAAAUCACUUAAUCGAAUUUCAGGCAGGGAUUUUCGAUGAACUUGUCGCUCUUAAGACCCUCGAUUUCAACUCAAAUUACAUGGUCAAGUUACCGGAAAAAAUUUUUGAGAAGCUCGAAAAACUUGAGAGACUUAACUUAGCUCGAAACAAUUUUACACAUUUACCGGAAAAUUUGUUACGAAGUAACACAAAGUUAAAAACUUUCACUUUAUUCGAAAACAAGAGAAAUAUGACCACCCUACCAAAUGCAUUUUUUGCUAAUUUAACGGAAUUGAAGGAACUGAAAUUGAAAAAGAACGGAUUGCUCAGACUACCGGAGGAUAUUUUCUGGGGAUGCAAUUCGUUGACUGAUAUCAAUUUGGAGCGAAAUUAUCUUCGAACCUUACCUGUGCAUAUAUUUCGAGAUUUGAAGGAACUACAAAUAUUAGAGCUGAGUUUCAAUGACCUUGACAAAUUGCCUGACAAUAUCUUCUUCAAUACCAGCAAAUUAAUAAAAUUAGAUUUAUCGAAAAAUCGAUUUACCUUCAUUUCCACGUAUCUAUUCAAUGGAUUGAACAAUCUGAAGGAAUUAAAUAUGGAAGAAAAUCAGCUGACGACUAUUUCCACCCGAAGUUUCGGAUACAUAUCAAACUUGAAAAUUGCUAAAUUUUCCAACAAUUUUCUUACAUUACAUGAUCCUUUUCAAGAUAUUCUUGAACCAUCUGACAGACAGUCACCUUUCCAUCCUUGCACAAACUUGGAGGAAUUGUAUCUAGUCAAUAACAGUAUUUCGCAAAUAUAUAACGACUGGAUUGUGAGCAACUUAAAACUUCGAAAAUUAGAUCUCAAAUACAACUAUAUAUCUUCUAUAACCACUUCAGAUGUACAAUUUUUAUCAGAUAAUAUCAAGGUGGACUUGUCUUAUAAUAAAAUAGAACAUAUCUAUUUACAUGAUGCCGAACAAUUCGUGCAUUAUCAGACAAAUGAACGCAACGUAAUAAUAAUAAUGGAUCAUAAUCCGCUAGAUUGCGAUUGCAACUUGUAUGAUUUUCUUCGUUACAUAGAAGGCAGAAUGCAUCCCAAAGUCCAAAAAUAUUUUCAUAUAACAAAAAAUAAUUUAACUUGUCAAAAACCGAAGGAGUUGGAAAACGUGCCCGUUACGAAUUUGAAAUCUGAAUCAUUAACGUGUAUGGAAACGCGUCCCAAAUUUUGUUCCGAAAAGUGCGAAUGUUUCGUGAGGCCCGAGGAUAAAGCGUUUCUAUUUAAUUGCUCUUAUAGAAACUUGACUAGUGCAUCAAAUGUCAUCAACAAAUCCAACGAUUUCUUCCAAUUCGAAUUUAAUUUCUCCGGCAACCGAUUAACUCGUAUGCCCGAUUUGAAAGCACUGGGAUAUAAAUCAGUGAAAAAGCUUCUUUUAUCUCACAACAGUAUUUCUGAAAUUUCUCUGAAUGGAUUAUCCAACACACUACAGGUCUUGGAACUACAUAACAACAAUGUGUCAAGAAUACAACCUAAUGUGUUAGAAUUUUUAAACAAUUCUACGAAUUUAACUACUUUGACGUUACAUGAAAACCCAUGGGAAUGCGAUUGUGACGCUAAAGAGUUUCAAGAUUUUAUUCAGAAACAUGCGAGGACGCACGCUCUAUAUAAAGUGACAUGCCCAGGAAAGAAUAUUUCUAUAUCGGACAUGUCCUUCAAUGCUGAUUUUUGUCCGUUGGAUAUCACAAUGAUGAUCGCCAUUAGUGUAGUAAUCGCUUUUACGGGAUGCUUCAUUGGUCUCAUCGGAUUACUCUAUUACAAAUACCAACGACAAAUUAAAGUGUGGCUUUUCGCACAUCAGUGGUGUCUAUGGUUUGUAACAGAAGAAGAAUUGGAUAAGGAGAAAUUGUAUGAUGCGUUCGUGAGCUACUCGCACAAAGAUCAUGAUUUUGUCGUGAACGAACUAGUGUCCAAGUUGGAGAACGGUCCGACGCCAUUCAAGCUGUGCCUUCACUAUCGGGAUUGGUUAGCGGGUGAAUGGAUACCGGCGAAUAUUGCCAGCUCCGUGGAAAAUUCCAGGCGGACAAUAGUGGUGCUGUCACCGAAUUUCCUCGAGAGCAUCUGGGGAAGGAUGGAAUUUCGAGCUGCCCACAGUCAAGCGUUGAGCGAAGGUCGGGCGCGAGUGAUAUUAAUCCUAUACGGCGAUAUCGGACCUACCGACGACUUGGAUCCAGAACUGAAGGCGUACAUAAGUAUGAAUACAUAUGUCAAAUGGGGAGAUCCCUGGUUUUGGGACAAAUUGAGAUACGCGCUACCGCAUGAACCUAAACUCACGAGGAACAGCGUCGCCGCCGGAAAAAAAAUCUUUGAGAAUCACCAACUGGUUCUAGCGAACGGAGAUAAAAAGGAACUUAUCUACCCGACUGGGCUUCCCGAGACCCCACCCAACACCACACCUCCGGCCGACACGCUUAAAAAGUUUAUGAGUGAUAAAGAGUCGGAGAAUCAAUUUUUGAACGGGUAUCCACGAGAAUCCACGUGUAAGUUGAAUGGAAAUAUCGCGAUUAUUCUCUCACCCGAACAUUUAACAAAACAUGAUAAUAAAGAGUGUCUUGUCUGAUAGCAUGAAAGUAGAAGUAUCUAUGUAUAAAAUAAUAACUAUAGUAACUAUAGUAAUCAUUUACAGAUACGUAUUUGAUAUACAAGUAUGUUAACUCUAUGCAAAAACAUUUUGAUAUUUAUUUUUUUUUCUUUUUGAGAAGGUUUGAUCUUAAUUUAGAAUCUUCAGACAAAACAACUAAAAAUACAAACUCACAAAAGCAAAAAAAAAGCAGGAAAAAAUGUGUGAUGCACAACUGACUGAUGUUAGAUUAAACCCACUAUAAGAAUAUAAAUAAUAGUAUAUUUUAUCGAUUUUUUUAUCAAUUCUUAUACAAUUAAAUAAUUUUAAUGAAAAGCUACUCAAGUAACUUGAAUAAAAUAUUAUGUUGUAUAUAUUUUGAACAUUUGUUGUGUUGAUGUCUGUCCAAUAACAAGUUCAGUUGGAUACACUAAUGCGAAUCAGUGCACGAUCAAUCAUCAUGUGUUUAAUAUAAAAAUAUGAACAGAUGUUUAUCUUUUUGUGUAUAGCAUAAAUAUAUACACAUACGUAAAUUAAAAUAUAUACACAGAUUAACUGCAAAAUACUCAGUACAAUUUAUUGUGCUGUUUGGUAAAAUAAGCAUUGUAUUAUUCAAGAUGUUUAUAUUAUUUCAUUUUAUAGUUAGACUGGACCAAUUUACAACAGUUUUAAUAAUAAGCAUAAAUAAUGUUCAUUAGUGCAUCCAACAAUUCGAAUUCGUUAGAGAUUUUCAAGAAAUAUCUGAAAAUUAUUUCGAUUAGUCAGAAGAUACGUACUUAAAAUUUAAACUUCUGCAGAUUACCUCCUUCAAGUUCGUAUCGUUUAAGAUUCCACAAUAAAUUUUUUGUAAACUGUUAGAAAAUAGUAUUGAUUACAUGAAUAUUACAUAUUAUGAAAUGUUUACUACUCCUGCAUACUAUUUUAAAAUGCAUAUUUGAUAUAUAUAGUUUUUUUUUAUGUAAUAGGUACUAUAAGUUUAAGGUACAUUUUAAUAGUUUUUAUAAAAAAAUACUCAAGGAUUAUUUUAUGUAUUGUGAUGCACUUAAUUUAGUCAUAAAAUAUAUCUGUGUAUAUAAUGCGUUAAUAUUAUGAUAAAAAAAUAGUUUAUGUAAUAUAUAGUUUAUAUAAUAUAAAUAUAUUUUUUACAUAAGUUUAUAUAAGGUGUUUUCUAUAACUUUAUUAGUAUCGACAUUUAAGAACAAAUUAUUUUAUCAAUUUUUAUUAGACAACGAUAUAAUAGGAAUAGGAAACACCCAGUAUAAAUUAAAGUUAUUAAGACAGUACCUGAUAAACAAUUAAUUAUGCUUUAGAAAAUACUUUCAUGCAUCGAUAUCCAAAUACAUAUAAUACAAAGUAUCUUGGUAUCUUUUUAAUGCAUAUUCUUUCACGUCUCCAUUUUUUUGGACUAAUUCGAAAUAGGUAUAUAUAUUUGUUCCUAUGAGAGAUCAAAGCACCCGCGCGUGUUUAAUUUUUUUCGAUUAUAUUAUAAGAACAUAAUAAAAAUUGUAACAGAUUUACGUUAUGAUAUGAAAAGAUGCAAAAUUGUAUGAUGAUAAUAUAGAUGUAUAAAUAUUGCAAAUAUAAUCGUAUUUUUAUGAUUUGAUAUUAUAUUUGUAUAUAAAAAUCUGUAACGUGCCGUAUUUUAUAUAUAUAUAUUGCACAUUAAAAUCAUGAACCGAAGUAAUGAGUGAAGAAUGAGUGAAUUAUAGAUAUGUAUAUUAUACAUAUAUGUUUAUUGUACGCAAUGUUUGUAUAUGUAGGUAAAUUUAUAAGUCAAGAAUUAAUUGCAUAUUAGAUUUUCAAAAUUACAAAUUUGCAAUAAGUAACGUCUUCCCUAGACAUUCUUGCUAGGGAAUUGUAAACAAAUGUAAAUUGUGUAAAAAUAAACUACGAAAGUCAUGCAUA